AUGGAAGCUAAAUUGGUGAGGCAAGAUAGCAGCAAGCAGGUUGUUUCGAUUGAUGUUGAUUUAAACGGAAUAAUUCAACAUGAAGAUAGAGAUCAUUAUAAAAAAGAUAAGCUCUGCACAGUUUGUGCAACUCAGUUUGGAAGAAUUGGUAUUGUUCAUGCCAAAAAACAUUUUUGGUAAAUUCUAUACAGCAAAUUUUGCUAUCGUGGAGUAUGUGCAAAGUGCUCUAGUCAGCAGAUACAUCAUCCAGAAUAUAAAGAACCUAAGCGAAUCUGUAAUAAAUGCUUCCAAAAAGUUUUAAUUCACCCAUUUGGCUCGUGAACAAGUUUUUUUUGCUUACUUCCCCUCUUUAAAUUGGACAAAAAUCCUAUUCCAAUUUAAAGGGGGGUUAAUUUGUUUAAAAAAAAUAACUUUCUUGAUAAAAAAUUUUUAAAAAGUAAAAAAAUAUAAAUUAACAAUAUUUUUAAUUUUUUAUAUGAGGAAUUAAUUCAAAAAAUUAAUGGGUUCAAUGUGAAAACUGUUUAAAUAAUAUUCUACUUUCACUUUUUCCAUUAAAUAGGUGAAAUUAAUUUUAUAAAAUUUAUUUUUUACCUAUAAAAAUUGAAGAAAAAAAUCCAAUUAAAGUCCCAAAAAAUGGAAUUUAUCUAUGUUUUAUUCCAAUUUAAAAGGGGAGAGUUAUUAAAGGAGGUGAAUUUAACAAUCAAUAUUUGUAAAUUUUUAAUUUAUAAAUUGAUGCUUUAUAAUAAGAAGUCUAAAAUUUAAUAAAUUUAACUGGAGCCUUCAUCAUAAAUAUUAUUAUAUAUGUCGGAUUAUUUACAUAAAAUAUUUUUGCUUAUAACGAAGAUGGUUAAUUUUCCUAAAAAACGAAUUUUUUAAUUGCUUUACUCACUAGCUACGGAAAAGUAGCUAUUCAUUCCUCUACUUCAGCUCAAGAAGAAGUUAAAAGAGUGCUAGGAGAUAUGAGCUCAGCUGAAGAACAGUUAAGAAAUUUAAUCAUCGAAAAAGAAAAUGAAAAAGCAAACAGAGAAGAAUGGGAGCGAAAAGUCGCAGCAAAAUUAGAAGAAAGAGAAAAACUGACACAAUCUGAAGCAGAAUUAGAAGAGUUGAAAAAGCAGCUUGAAGACCUAAAUCUUCAAAAUUUGGAAUUAAAUAAAAGAAUUGUUGAAUUAGAAGGGGAAAAGAAAAAUCUACGUGAAAAAGAAAUUGAGCACGAAAAUGAAAAUUAUACAGAAGAAGAAUAUGAAAGGCUAAUAAAAACGAAGUUGGAUGAAAUUGAGACAGAAACAGUAGAAGGAAAUAGGCUUAAAAAGAUGAUUGAAGAGUACAGAUCAUUGCUUAAGCAGUGCAACUUUGAAGAUCUAGAUAAAGAAUAUGAUGAAGUCAAAGAAAAAAUUGAGAAAGAAAGUGAAGAAAUUAAAAAACUUGAAGAAUUGAUAUCAAAACAGAACACUAAGCGAGAAAAUUAA